GCGCCAUCGCCACGUCCGCGGAGGGGGCCAAGAUGGCGGCGGCCGGUGGCGAGCGGCGGGGCUCGGUGGGCCGCGCCCUGUGCUUGCUGCUGCUCUGCGGCUGGGCCCUGGCAGUCCGCGGGCAGGAAUCCCCCGGUUCUGUGCAAGAGGAAAUUCUUACAAGAAAUAUUUCUUCUGCAAGUGAGAAUGAAACAUUGAGUAGAUCCCAAAAUUUGACAGACAGCUUGCAGAGUUUAAGCUCAGCAAGAAAGGAGGCCAAAAUCAAUUCGGUGACUGCAGGAAAGCCACCUACAGCAAACGGUGACUCUUUGUCACCCGUUGUCCCUGCUAGUCCAGUAUCACAGGUGGAUGUUGAUGCUUCUGAAGAUACUAAAAUUGAGGAGGAAGAUCUUCUAACAGAUUUGAAAGACACGCUAAAUAGUUCCCCACCCAUCAUCAAAGAAACUAUGGAGUCAGAUGGAGAUGACUAUGCUUAUGAAAUGACACCAAAUUCCAGAUACAAUCCAGACCUUCUAGAGAUUUCAGAAGAUGACAACUCUGACACUAUCAGUAAUUACAAUGAGGAGAUCAAGACCCUUGAUGAGAAGAUAAAAGCUGUUUCUGUCUCAGGGUUGGAUGAAGAAGAAGACAGCCAUUUCUUUUUUCAUCUGGUUGUAGUUGCCUUCUUAGUAGCUGUUGUUUAUGUCACCUAUCACAAUAAGAGGAAGAUCUUCUUACUGGUGCAGAGCCGAAGAUGGAGGGACGGCAUGUGCUCCAGGACAGUGGAAUAUCAUCGUUUAGAUCAGAACGUUAACGAAGCAAUGCCUUCCCUGAAAAUAACCAAUGACUACGUGUUCUGAAAGCACUGUGACUUGAGUUUGCUGAACUUAUCACUCUUUGCCUGCCCAGUCAUGUAUUGAUAUUCAGGUAUUCUAAAUAAGCUGCUUGUACAGAAAUAAGAUGUACUCUCUUUGACCUGGAUGUUUUGGAGAUUAAAUCUCAUGGAAGAUCAAGGGCAUGAUCCGUCUGUUUGCUACUUUGGUCGGGUUUUGUAUCAACUAUGAAGAUAGAGAAUUUAAUAAAUUAGUGCUCUUUCCAUUCAUUAAGCAUCAUUCCCUUCUGUCUGGAGCAGUCUUAAUAGUCAUACUACAAAAAAAUAAGCAUAAAAUAUUUUAGGUCUAAUAAAUUAAUGACUUUGGCAUCACUAAAUCAAAUUAAUGAUCUCUUUGCUAAUCACUUACAUGGCUCAUAAAUUCCACUAUAUUGCAAACUUAAAAGAUAAUUACUUUUUUCUGUGCUUAAAUUCUGAUGCUGCAAGUCUUUCAUUUAGUUGUUUCUGAUUCUAUUUUCUUGUUGCAUAAUUUGAUCCUAUUUUGGCAAAAUAGCUAGAAUUGCAAUUUAAUAAUUUAUGUAUGUGUUCAUGCUGUAAAUAAUUUUAUAACAAUUAUGUAUAACCCAUUUUAUUUCAGAAGUUCUGUACUAUAUAUUUCCUAAAAUGUUUAAGGUGUUUGUGAAGGUAUGCAGCUUCUUGACUCUCCUUUUUUUUUCUCUGAUGCUAUUUAUGACUUCAUUGUCUUUGUAAUUAAUGAGUGGAAAACAAGCCUUGUUGAAUAAUUUUACUAAAAUGUAGAUGGCUGACAGGCUUUCAAUACAUCAAAGCUUUCUGUUGAAUUUUAAGACAGUUGGGAAAUGGCUAUGUGAUUUGUUAUAUUAUAAAUGGGAGAAACUGUAAGAAUAAUUUAUUUGGUUCUUUUUCUGACCCAGGUAACAGACAGGUGAAAGUAAGUGCCAGUCUGUGGACAGUGCACUCUCAAUUUCGACAAACGUUUAUGCAUUAGUGUAAAUCAAGUUACUGCUACAGUAGUUUUUUUGGGUUGGUUUUUUUAAAAUUUUGUCUUUUGUACUUCCAUUAUUUAUGUUUUCAUGAGUUGUAAAAUAUAAAAUUUUAGUUUUCUGUACAUUCUGUUUGUGAUUUAGUUUUCAGACUGAUAUGUUUGUAAAUAAUGGUGAAUCAGAACCCCAUAGGUAAUAACUUGGUAUUCAAGUAGUUAUGUAACAUUUGGAAACAAAUCAAUUUCACGCCUGUUGGCAUGAGGAGUCUGAAGGCAUGAUACUGUUUUAGGAAUGAAAUGCUAAAAUUCUAUAUCCUACUGUUAAAUGCAUUCUUUUCAUAACCACAGGAAGUAAAGCACAAACAAAAUAUCCCAAAACUCUUUUCUUGCAGUAAUUUUUAUUGUAUUUGGACUUGUAUCACUUAAUAUUUUGAAUAAGGUUUUUAAAAUAAAUGACAAUAAUAAGCCUGUGUUUCUUAC